UCAUUCUCUCUGUUUUUUCUCUCUCUUAGCUCUCUCUCUCUGUCUCUCGGUUAUCGCCCAAGAUUCUCAGCAAAGGCUGCGUUUUUCUCUCUUUAUCCGCAGAGAUCGAAGGGAUCCGAUGAUUCGCGGGCCUCCGUUGACCGCGCUGGGCAUCGGGGGCCGUGUCAGGGCCCUGUCUCGCGCCCCAAGAGAUGGCAAUGGAGUUGGCGCUCGGAUUCCAGAGCUUUAGAUAGAGGUCGAGAGGGAGGAGAGCAAUGGCCAUCGGAGAAGGCGGCGCAGAGAUGGAGAAGGACUUCGAGGCCAAGCUCCGGAUCCAGCGCCCGGAGAGGAGUGCUAGUAUUGCGUUCCGGGCGCCCCAAGAGCAGUUCACCAUUGAGGAUUUCGAACUCGGGAGGAUCUACGGUGUUGGAUCCUACUCAAAGGUGGUGAAAGCAAAGAAGAAAGACACAGGAAAUGUGUAUGCUUUGAAAAUCAUGGACAAGAAGUUUAUCACAAAAGAAAAUAAAAUAUCAUAUGUAAAGCUGGAGCGCAUUGUGCUUGAUCAGUUGGAUCAUCCUGGCAUUAUCAGACUGUAUUUUACCUUUCAAGAUAAUUACUCCCUUUAUAUGGCACUGGAAUCCUGUGAAGGUGGAGAGCUCUUUGAUCAGAUAUCCAGAAAAGGUCCUCUUACUGAAGACGAAGCUCGCUUUUAUGCUGCAGAAGUCAUUGAUGUUUUGGAAUACAUGCAUGGUGUAGGAUUAAUCCAUCGAGAUAUCAAGCCAGAAAACCUGCUACUCACCUCUGAUGGGCACAUCAAGCUUGCUGAUUUCGGCAGUGUGAAGCCAACAAAGGAUAGUCGAAUCACUGUUCCCCCAAAUGCUGCAAACGAAAAGGCUUGUUCCUUCGUGGGAACAGCCGCAUAUGUUCCACCUGAAGUUCUCAAUUCAUCUCCAGCAACUUUCGGAAAUGAUUUAUGGGCUCUUGGAUGCACCAUAUAUCAAAUGCUUUCCGGAUGUUCUCCCUUUAAAGAUGCUAGCGAGUGGCUUAUUUUUCAGCGAAUCAUAGCAAGGGACCUUAAAUUCCCUGAAUAUUUUUCACACGAUGCAAGAGACCUGAUUGACAAGUUACUGGAUACAGACCCUAGCAAACGACUGGGUGUCAGACCUGGUGGUUAUUCAGCACUCAAGGCGCAUCCUUUCUUUAAGGGAAUCGAUUGGAAAAAUUUACGAGCCACAUCUCCACCAAAGCCCGCUUUUGAGUCAAAGACCUCCGACGAGGAUGAUAAUGAUGAAUCUACGUGGAACUUGACACACACUGGAGGUGCUCCUGUCCAUCAAGCUGCACUUUCUGACGGGAAUGGUGGCGCAACAUCAUCGUCCGACACACAAUCUCAUUUGUCUAGGCUUGCUUCAAUUGACUCCUUCGACUCUAAAUGGCAAGAGUUUCUGGAACCGGGAGAGGCUAUUAUCAUGAUAUCGAAGGUUAAGAAAAUACAGAAACUAACGAACAAGAAGGUGCAACUCAUCCUCACCAACAAACCGAAGUUGAUCUGUGUCGAUCCAUCCAAGAUGGCGACCAAAGGAAACAUUAUGUGGUCUGAUGAUCCUAGUAACCUCAGCAUUCAAGUUACUAGUUCUUCUCAUUUCAAGAUAUCCUCUCCGAAGAAGGUUAUAUCAUUCGAGGAUGAAAAACAGCGAGCAUGGCAAUGGAAGAAGGUGAUCGAGGGCCUGCAGAACCACUGAAUCAACUUGCAUUGUUCAUCUUACACAACAUAUCGAUGCAUAGAUAGUUAAAUUAAACCAAACCGAUAGAGAAGGUAGCAGCAGUUCCAUGAAUACUCAUCGUUAAAUCUCACCGGUGUUUUUGGCCCUCCCAUAGAAGAAGAAAACCCAAGGCGGAAACUAAGAAUUGUUUUCAUGUUCUAUUUAUCAUUUUCUAGUCAAGAUUCCGAAAUGUUUGCAAAUACAUCAUCUUGUAACACAACUCAUAUGAUUCUGUUUCCUUAAACCUCUGUUUUUCUUCAUUCAAUUGCAUUUAUGCUGUUCUUUA